ACCCACUGCCUUGCGCCCCCGCCCUGCGGGUGUCUCGCGCGCAUUCCGUGCGUGUGAGUGUGUGGGUCUGUCUCGCGCCGAAAGUGCGUGCCCGCGCGCUCCGCCUCGCGCUCUCCCCCCCUCCCUUCGCCCCCUGCUGGUCCUCCCGCCCCACUCGGCUCCCUCCUUUCCCAGCAAACGCCGCCCCUCCCGCGCUCUGGCUCAGGCUCUGGCGCCGCCGCAGCCGUCGCCGCCGGAAAGUUCAGGAGCCCUGGAAAGGAGAAGGAAUAAGACGACAGGAGGAAGAGAGAGAGAGGGUAGAAUGGAAGAAUCUCACUUCAAUUCUAACCCGUACUUCUGGCCUUCUAUCCCCACAGUCUCAGGACAGAUUGAGAACACGAUGUUCAUCAACAAGAUGAAGGAUCAGCUGCUGCCAGAGAAGGGCUGUGGGCUGGCUCCACCCCACUACCCCACCCUGCUGACAGUGCCUGCCUCAGUGUCCCUGCCCUCAGGCAUCAGUAUGGACACAGAGUCCAAGUCAGACCAGCUGACCCCACAUAGCCAGGCGUCCGUUACCCAGAAUAUCACCGUGGUCCCUGUGCCGUCUACAGGACUGAUGACUGCUGGAGUCUCCUGUUCUCAGAGGUGGAGAAGAGAAGGGAGUCAAUCAAGGGGUCCUGGUUUGGUAAUCACGUCCCCCUCAGGCUCCCUUGUGACCACAGCCUCAUCAGCUCAGACCUUCCCCAUUUCGGCUCCCAUGAUUGUCUCAGCUCUUCCCCCUGGCUCACAAGCCCUGCAGGUGGUCCCUGACCUCUCCAAGAAGGUAGCAUCAACCCUAACAGAGGAAGGAGGCGGAGGUGGUGGUGGAGGUGGCAAUGUGGCCCCUAAGCCCCCUCGGGGCCGGAAGAAGAAGCGGAUGCUGGAAUCAGGGCUACCUGAGAUGAAUGACCCUUAUGUCCUCUCCCCCGAGGAUGAUGAUGACCAUCAGAAAGACGGCAAGACCUAUAGGUGCCGGAUGUGCUCACUGACAUUCUACUCAAAGUCGGAGAUGCAGAUCCACUCCAAGUCCCACACCGAGACCAAGCCCCACAAGUGCCCGCACUGCUCCAAGACCUUCGCCAACAGCUCCUACCUGGCCCAGCACAUCCGUAUACACUCAGGGGCCAAGCCCUACAGUUGUAACUUCUGUGAGAAAUCCUUCCGCCAGCUGUCCCACCUCCAGCAGCACACCCGGAUCCACUCCAAGAUGCAUACGGAGACCAUCAAGCCCCACAAGUGCCCGCACUGCUCCAAGACCUUCGCCAACACCUCCUACCUGGCCCAGCACCUCCGAAUCCACUCGGGGGCCAAGCCCUACAACUGUUCCUACUGCCAGAAGGCCUUCCGCCAGCUCUCCCACCUCCAGCAGCACACACGAAUCCACACCGGUGACAGACCAUACAAAUGUGCACACCCGGGCUGUGAGAAAGCCUUCACACAGCUGUCCAAUCUGCAGUCCCACAGACGGCAGCACAACAAAGAUAAACCCUUCAAGUGCCACAACUGUCAUCGGGCGUACACGGACGCAGCCUCCCUAGAGGUACACCUAUCUACACAUACAGUGAAGCAUGCCAAGGUGUACACCUGCACUAUCUGUAGUCGGGCAUACACGUCGGAAACGUACCUUAUGAAACAUAUGCGCAAACACAACCCUCCUGAUCUCCAGCAACAAGUGCAGGCGGCGGCAGCGGCGGCGGCAGUGGCCCAGGCUCAGGCCCAGGCCCAGGCUCAGGCCCAGGCUCAGGCUCAGGCUCAGGCCCAGGCCCAGGCUCAGGCUCAGGCCCAGGCUCAGGCCCAGGCCCAGGCCUCCCAGGCCUCCCAGCAGCAGCAGCAGCCACAGCCACCACAUUUCCAGUCCCCUGGGGCAGCCCCCCAGGGUGGGGGUGGCGGGGACAGCAACCCCAACCCUCCACCCCAGUGUUCCUUUGACCUGACCCCCUAUAAGACGGCGGAGCAUCAUAAGGACAUCUGCCUCACUGUCACCACCAGCACCAUCCAGGUGGAGCACCUGGCCAGCUCGUAGAGACCUGUGCUGCCACCCACUGGGAAGAGGGGAAAGAAGUUCUGGUUCCUUCUUUCUCCAACUUCUCUUGGUGGGAAAAGUCUUCUUCCUUGACAGGCCUUGGCUCCAUCUCCUUGGGCCUCAGGCACGGCCUUCCUACACAGGAUACCAUGCUUAUUCUCAACUCCUCUUCAAAAGGAACAUCAGCCCUCCUGAUUGGCAAAGGAAUAAUGAGCUGGUAGUGUAAUCCAGCAGCCUCCCCUUCUAAGCAUAGCUUUUCGAAAUUGGGGGUUGGUGCUCAAGGGAGGGAUUUGCUAUGACCUCAUAGAAACUUUUCCAGUGUGGGCACUUACCCUCUCGUUACCCUCAUAAUCCUCAAAGUUGGGGCUCGUGGAAGACUAGAGGCUGGUGCUCCCAGAUCUCUGAGAGAAGGGAGCCCUGAAUGCAACCAGCCUCCCGUUCUAUUCUUGCCUGCAAAAGAACAGAGGUUUCUCACAUGCCCCAAUCCCCGGGAGCCGUCUUCCCCUCAUGGUCUCACUUCACUUCCUACCUAGUGCGGGAAGAGGGAGAUCUGGGUGGGGGUCAGACCCCCUUUAUUUGUAAAGGGGCAAGGGCUGAGAUGUGGUCCCCAAGGGGCCGGAGAUCCCCAUAAUGGUCAAGGGUGGCUUAGAAGUGUGGGUUAUGGUUUUCCUUGGAGCCUCUCCCCUUCUCUGCCAGCCAAGGCCCCAUACUCAGUCUCCCAAUCCCAAAGCCAGAGGAGCUGUGGGAGCUUUGUGUUCUUUAUGAAAGCCCAAAACAAGGGGUGUUGCAGAGAAGGGAGAGUUCAGGGCAAACACAAGGACUGGACUUAGCUCCCUAGGUGCCACGGUCAGUUGCCGGACACGGAUUUAUAUAUAAAUAUAUAUAUAAAUAUAUAUAUAUAUACCCACUCAUCACGGCCAUCUUUGUUGUAACCAUUUCUGUGUUUAUAAAUGCAUUAUCUCUGAGAAUUUUCAUAUUUGAUGUUUUGUUUAUUUUUGUCCUUAUUGUUUCUCUCCACCCAACCCUGUCUUCUGGCCAACGGCAUUUUUAUUUCCUUUUGUCCUUUUUGUUUGUUUUUAAAUCAUGGCAGAUUUCAGAGAAAAGAGAAAAUGAAAAAAAUCAGGAAACCAGUUGUUAUAAAGCAAUUUAAAAUGAAGAAAAAAAAACUUAUGUACAAACCAAGGGGUGUUUUUAGAACCUUGUAUAG